ACUGGAGAAAGCUUGUAGCAAGACAACAGCACCAACCACACGGAGACCACAUUGUCUUCUUCAGGUGCUCUUCCUCCUUUGAGCCACUUCUGCCACCAGUGAUGGAGGUGAAAACCUGGAAGCACUUCACUGCCUUUCUGUGUUGCACUGGAUUCCUCCUGGCCCUUUCAAAGGCUCAGGAGAAAGACCCAAUAGAGCCCUUGAGAAAAGCUGUGGUGAAAUUUGGACACUUCUUUGUGCUGAAUUGCACAACGAACAGCAGCAGCAUCAGUAGCUGUGAUAUUCAGGAGAGGUCUUCUGAAACCUAUGAUUAUAAUGACAUCGGCCCCACCUGGAAAACUUUCACUUUCAUUGUCGUUUACUGGUCACUCCGUGCAUCAUGUGUUGUGACCUGUAAUAAUGAACCCAGGUCUUGGGAAACAAUUGUCACAGUUUACCAACCUCCAGAGAAGAUUGAGCUGGAUCCAUUACCAGAAAUGGAAGUGGGCAAGCAGUAUAAUUUGACAUGCCGGGUUUUUGGUGUAGCCCCCAUCCGGGACCUCACCGUGACCUUGCUGAAAGGGGAAGAACAACUUCUGGUAAAGACCUUUAAGGAUCAUACUGACCCUGAGGCUGGUGCUGUUGUGGUGAACCAUCACAUGAUAGCUCAGAAAGACGACUACAGCAAGACAAUCACCUGCCAAACAUCCCUGAAUCUGGGACCAACAGGACCACUCCUGGAAAACACCUCCCACAGCAUAUCAUUGUGGAUUUUGGGUAAGAUCCCAUCCAUUGCUCCAGUUCUGAUUUACUUCACUCUGUAGUUACAGAGUAUAAUAAUCCCCCCCUCCGGUGGGGUGGAUGGGUGUGCAUGAGGGAGAAAAGGUCUUCCCCCUUUUUAAUUCAUCCCUCUAUUUUGAUUAUCUUUGCAUAGAUUUUGGCGAACUCCCAUUCACUUCCU